CGCCAAAACGCAAAACGCCAAACGCCAUGACGCACAGCCCUGAUCUACACCAAAAUCAUUUGGUUAAUUAUCAAUGUAUUAAUGGUCAAAAAGUCCCUCAUAUUUUUGUUGGUUCUGUGCCAAAUAAUAGAUUUACUUUAAUUAAAUUUCGAAAAAAUGAAGAAAAUAAUAAAAAUGCUCAAAUAUUUCUUUUACGAUCAAACUCUAACUCUACAAUAAAAAUUAUUGAAAAAAUUAAUUUUGAAUGGCCAGAUUGUUUUUAA